AAACAAAGGCGAAAAAGGCGCGAAAAGCAUUCGCGCGAUCUUGGUGCUGCAUAUCAGAUAACUCUUGCGUGUAUUUGUAAAUAAAAUGAUACGAAUGUUGAAAAUAUCGAGAAGAGUUCUUAAUAUCGGUAGGGACUAAUGAAACAGUGAAAAGAAAAUACAGCGGAAAAGGUUAGAAUUGAACGAAGUAUUUGUCAACAUAUUUAUUAACGAUGGUACAUACAACUGAAUCUGCUGGGAAUCUGCUUUCAACACCAGGAAAUGAAAAACCACAGGAAUUGAAGAGACAGCCAAUACAAUAUGAAGACUUGACUGGUAAUUUCGAUGAUAAAGUGAUUGAUUUCUCAAAGCAAUUUUGCAGCAUAUAUGCAGCAAGAUUGGCAGAGUUGAGAGAGAUAUUGGUACCACGAGUUGUCGCAAAAUGGGGUGAAGUUCAGAUACUGAAGUUGGCAGAAUUGGAAGAUUUUGAAGGCGAAGAAUGCGUGAUAAUUGGUACACUUUAUAAGCACCAAAAGUGGAAGCCAUCGAUAUUGCAUGAAUUAAGUGAGGAUCAUCAACUUACGUUGCCUGAACCAAGAUCGAAUUAUUGUUCAGAAAAGGAUCAACUCUUCUUGGAAGAUGAGAUGCUGCGUAUUAAAUUAAUGGUCGAAGAUGCUGAUUUGAAGCAUUAUGUUACAGGUGUUGUGUGUGCCAUUUUAGGCUACAAAGAUAAGAACGGCAGCUUUGAAAUCAAGGACUGGUGUUUUCCUGGUUGCGUGCCUAGAAGUUCACCAGCACAGCCAAAAUUCAAAGGAAAGUUGGUGUUUCUAUCUGGUCUCGACCUGGUAAAUACCUCAAGCAACACAUCUCUAAGUCUUUUAACCGAAUGGAUAUGUGGAAUGGCAGGAGAGACAGAGGCGCAAGAAAACGUCACUGACAUUGUUCGAGUCAUUAUUGCUGGUAAUUCUGUCAAAACUGUUACUAAGACAAAUACUCUAAUGGGACAUGCCGAAGGAAAGGCGCAAGACGCCGCUAUAACGAAAGAAGUUGCUGUAGCAACAACGCUCGUGGACGCAUUUCUCUCCGAAAUAGCAGAGUGUUGUUGCAUCACUUUAAUGCCAGGUCGGCACGAUCCCACCAGUGCGAUGUUGCCACAGAAACCGCUACAUCCGUGUAUACUACCACUAACAUCUAGAUAUCAAAGUUUUAAAGGUGCGACUAAUCCGUGGAUCGGCAAAGUCGCCGAUCGUGUAGUAAUGGGCAGCAGCGGACAACCUAUUGAAGACAUUAUAAAAGCAACCGGUGAGACAGAUAUUUCUCCCUUAGACUGGCUAGAAAAAACGCUGCUUUGGAAGCACAUAUGUCCGACUGCUCCAGAUACAUUACCAGUGAACCCUUAUUCUGUAAAAGAUCCAUUCAUCAUAAACUACUGUCCAGAUAUAUAUUUUGUGGGUAACAUGGAUAAAUUCGAGACAAAAUUAUGGAAAGGUGAAGAAAAUCAAGUGGUCAGACUAAUUUGUAUUCCAACCUUUUCUUCUACACAUAUUGCAGUUACAGUGGAUUUAGAAACUCUGGAUACUGAUUUUGUUUGUUUUGGAAGUGGAUGAAUAUAUAAACAUGAGUAAAUUCACAAUUUAUCUGAAGUUGCAGACAGUUAGAUAAAGUAGAUAAUCUAACAUGUGACAUUUUUCCUGUUAGAUCGUGUCACCAUUAAUGAUCCAUAUUUUUUAAAUCAUAUUUUUAAAAUAUACAAAAUUUGGAAAUAAAAAUAUUUUAUAUUUUUGAUAACAGUA